AUGAAUGAGAGUUUUCAAUUGGAUUACCUUGAAAGAUUUGAAAUUGAGCAGGCUGCUAUUGUUCCGAACUCAGAUGACAUAUCAAAUUGCUCUUGUCGUGGAAUGUGUCUUAGAGAUAGCGGAAGGAGUGCAUGCCCAUGCAAGAGUGUUGGCCAUUAUUGUUCGUCUGUAUGUCAUGCAAAUCAAUUCUCAGGGGCUUGUAUGAACCAACGAAAAGUUUUGGAAAGCGACUCCGAUUCCGAUAACAGCGAGGAUAAUAAAAGCGAUAACUCUGAUGUGUCAAUAAGACCGGUAAGUGAACAAUAAAAUGUAAUUUUACUAUAAACAAAUUUUAUACAAUGCGCCACUUCAGCUGUGUAGUACUAGUAACAUGACUAAAAUUGUUCAAAGUUAUACAAUAUUCAAUUGAAACUCCGUUCCCAGACCCUUAAGAUAGGGCGGGGAAAUUAACAUUUCAACAGUGUUAAAUCACUGGUAUUUUCAUCCCUAUCCUGGGAAAUUAUAUUGCCUGUUAAAGAUCCCAGCCUUUUUAUCCCCAAUGCUUUACAAUUCCAUGAUUGAAGAUUAUUAAAUUGUAACUUGGUUUAUUCCCAACAUGAGAAGAAAAUGCUAUUGUACAUUACUAGUGCAUUACUGUGUUUAAAAAUUAUCAAACUUUUAGGAUACUUCAAGUGCUGAUGAGAGCUUUACUGAUAUAAGAAAAAGCAGUGCCAGGGGAAGAAGUCGAGGUCCCGGCAGGAAUAGAAGAGCUCGUGUGCGUGGAAGACUUUAUUCUCGGGGACGAGGAAGGGCAAAACCAAAAGAAAACUUGGAAAAAACUGGAGAGCAUUCAGGGCUAGGUAUUCGGGGAAGAAUGGCCCAAACUCAAAGAAAGUCAGGAAGAGGAAGAUCUCGUGGUCGUGGGAGAGGAGGAUUGGUGCCUGAGGAAAGUGCUGAAGCUAGACAGGCCGCCCAGGAGAAUCAGUUGCAGGUACUUGUUGUAUCAUAUAUUACUUGCAUGAAUUGAACAGAUAAUGAACAACUGGUUGCUAAAUAGUAUGCAAAAAAUUUUGUUGUUAGGAUUUAGUGCUCAACCUCCCACAUGAUCUGCUGCAGCAAUUAGCACUGGAACUAUUAAGACGGCAACCAGACGUCUACAUGGAUUUAGUAAAUGGAGAAAUCCCAAAUCAACCACCACAAGCAGACCCAGGCAGACUAACAAACCAACCACCCCACCUGAUCAACAACCCCCAAACCAGUACCCAGUUCAACCACUCCCAGACCAACCACCCCCAGUUGAUCAACAAUCCCCAGACCAACCACUUCCAGACCAACCACCCCCAGACCAACCACCCCCAGACCAACCACCCCCAAACCAACCACCCCCAGACCAUCCAAAUGAAGAUCCAGCCUGGUGUUAUUGUGGUGCAUGCAGGCCCAUGCCUACGCAAACUGAGAACAAGUGUUGUUGUAAAAGAAGAAUGCAAUGCAUGACAACUAUGCCACUUUUCCAACAUAUAGUACUUGAUGCAAAUGUAUUAGAGAAACAGAUGAGGUAUCGAGAGGAUAUACUUGCAAUGGCUCACCACAGAAAUAACGAGAACUUUCGACAUGCUGCCUAUCGGCAAUUUGUGCUGUAG